AUGCAGGGCUUUGACACCACAGUAGGACAACGAGGAGUGCAAUUGUCUGGGGGACAGAAGCAAUGCAUAGCGAUUGCGCGUGCUAUAAUCAAGAGCCCCAAGAUAUUACUGCUGGAUGAAGCUACAAGUGCACUGGAUGCUGAAUCUGAGAGAGUGGUUCAAGAUGCAUUAGACGGAGUGAUGGUAAACCGGACCACAGUGGUGGUUGCCCAUCGACUAUCCACAAUCAAGAAUGCAGAUGUGAUCGCAGUGGUAAAAAAUGGGGUUAUCGUAGAGAUAGGCAAGCAUGAUACACUGAUGAAUAUCUCUGAUGGAUUUUAUGCAUCCUUAGUAGCUCUUCACAUGAGCGCUUCAACUGCAUAA